CACAAUCCUCGAGAUCUGAGGGCUUUGUGAUAUUUGGUGUCAAAGCAAAGGAUUAGUGGAGACUAUCUGAUUUCCGAAAACUCUCACGCGUGAUAAUGUGACGAAGCGUGGCUCUCCACCCGGGAGCUCAUAUGAUGAGUGCUUUAAUAGACACGCGCGGGUGUCACCCUAUGUAUUGGGACUGAGCCCGCGCCACAUAUGAUGUGCAGUUGAAGACUGUCUUCGACUGGUAUCAGAGUCAAAAUAUCUAAAAUAUCAAGCAUGUUUUGGGUUAAAAUGUUUAACUUGUUCUUUCCGCAUAAAAAUUUUCUGAAAUUUAUGCUUAGCCCUCUGCACGCACACCAUCAGUGAAUGAAUAGCUAUAAUAUAUAAAAAUGUGAAUGUAUAUCUAUAAUAUAUGAGAUUGUGAAUAUAGAUAUGAGCACCUCAAUAACUGGAGAAGCAUCAACAGGAAACAAAAGAACAAAGUGCAACAAAAAAUGGGGUUAUGUGGAGGAUGCAAAGCUUGUUGAGGUAUUGGUUGAGUUGGUAAACCGGAAAGGUUGGAGGGGCGAUAAUGAAACUUUUAGGAGUGGGUAUUUGCAACAAUUGGAGAGACUAAUGGAAGAGAAGCUUCCUGGGUGUGGACUAAGAGCAACACCACAUAUCGAGUCUUGGGUCAAGCUCUUGAAGAAGCAAUACAAUGCUGUUACAGAGAUGUUGGAAACCAACUGCAGUGGAUUUGGGUGGGAUGACAUCAACAAGUGUGUGACCUGUGAGGUAGAUACCUUCAAGGAAUGGGUUAAGGGAUCGUGCUACUAGGAUGGGAGCUGAAGCACCUGCAGAUGCUGUUGAAGAAAUAAAGAUGGAGGAGCAACAAUAUCCAUAUACACCAUCAGCUAUCAAUGAGAGCCAAGAAGCAGAUAGCAAUUUUGUUGAUCAGAACGUCAACAUGAAUACUCCCUAGAUAGCUACUAAUAUUGAAGUUGCAAGUCCAAGUAGGCCAACCAGAACUAAAAAAUAUAGGCAUGAGGCCUUUGAGGUUGUGAGAGAUCUUACAUCUUAGAUAACUAAGCUAGUAGGCAUGAUGGCAGCUGCUGAGGAUCAUAUUGAGAAAUUGACUCAAUGUUUUAAGCAUUAGUCUGAAACUGCAGAUAGAAGAAUGGCAGUGGUGUCUGAGGUGAUGAAGGUGCAGAAUCUUUCUCAAUAUGAGAUUUUAAGGUGGACAGAAAAAUUGCAAUGGACCCACUGGAGACUGAUUACUUUUUUAGUCUUUCAGAGGACUAUAGAAGGGCAUAUGUUUUAACCCUUUGCUUAGAGUUUCAAAGUGGGAUGUAGCUAAGUUGGGUACAGAGGGUUUGUGUAUCUUUUGGGGAUAUUAUGUAUUGGAUAGCUUUUUGAUGUAGGCCUUAUUGAUAAAUAUGGACGCAAACACUGCUUUUGAAUCAACUACAAGUUUAUAUUUU